AACCUGCCUUGUCUUCGAGGGUGUGUUCAGCAGCGUCUGAGUAUCUGGACCUUUACCCUGUAUCAUAUCCCUGGGGGUUGCCUCACUGAAUCUUUGCAGUUAGUCUCGUCAGCCUUUGGAAAAUCCGUAUUUAAAAAUAUGGUCUAGGAGUUCCCACUGUGGUGCAGUGAGUCAGGGAUCCAGCAUUGUUGCUGCAGUGGCUGCUGUGGUACAAGUUUGAUCCCUGGCCUGGGAACUUCCCUAUGCCAAGGAUACACCCAAAUACAUAUAUAUACAUAUACGUAUAUUUGUAUUUUAUAUACAUACAUAUGUAUAUAUGUAUUUAUCUUAUAUACAUAUACACACACAUACAUACAUGGUUCACUUAUUGUUCCUCUGGUUAUAAAAACAACAUGUUACAGAAAAGCAGGAACAGAUGGAAAAUCCUAGAGAAGAAAACAAAAAUCAUCCAUAAUCCUACCCUUCUGGGAGAAACCAGUGUGUGAGGAUUUUGAUGUCUGUGCCUCUAGGUUUUUUCUGUGCCUGUAUGCAUAGGGUGUGUUUCGUGCUAGUUCAUUUUGACUAAACUGGACUCAUAUUGCACGUAUGGUUAUGUAACAUGCUCUUAAAACAAUAUUCUGUGAGCGUUUCCUAGUUGUAAACUGUUCUUUUAAAACAUGGCUUUGGGUGGUGGCAUGGCAUUCCGUUAUGUGGCUCUUCCAUAACUUAUUCAACCAGCCCCCCUGUUGUUCAUCAUUUAAAUUGCUUUCUGUUUCUUUUGCUCCUUCACCUCAUGCUGCAGUGAAUUGGAGAAUGCAGAUUUUAAUAGCUGGGAUCCCUGUUUUAGGAAAGCAAGCCUCUGGCAAAGCACGCUGCACAAAGAAGCCGUUUCAUUCGUUUCAAGUUUGUUUGUUUGUUUUCACGCCUCACGUGCUGCCUAGAUCUUUGGGCUUUGUCAGCAAAUUCACCCUCCAGGUCAGCACAGUACCUCUCCUGCAUUUCCACCUGGUCCUCCGCAUCCUGCUCACCCUUCAACCACUUCUCCUCUGGUUCCCAGGGGCAGCGGGAACAAUGAGAGAACAAUCAUUGCCCCAGAAGAUCCUAAUUCAAGCCCUGGCUAUAUUAUUUGCCAGCAGAAUGCCCUGGAACAAUGUGGACGCUUUUUAACCCUCUGUUUCUGUAUGUGCAAAACGAGGGUGAUAAUAUCUUUCUGACCAGAGCACGAGGGUGAAAUACAGUCAUGGCCCCAGAUGUGCUUUGUAACUUGAAGUAUCCUAAACGUGUUGGUGGUUAGUAGCCAUCACUUGGUCCAUGGCCCUUGACCUUGAGGAAUAACCCCAGGGCCUGGUCCAGGGGUGCUGCUGCUGGCUCACACCAGCUCUUGAGAGUUGAUUGUGAACAUUUCUUUCUGACUCCAUGUCAGCUUGUCAGCUGUGAUUGGCCAUACUGAGAGUAUUUACACCACAGAAAUUGACACAUGCUACAAUCAAGGCUUUUUUUUUCCUCUUUUUUUUGGAGGGCUGAUUGCUAAGCAUUUACCAUCACUUCACAGCCUCGGUGUUCACUGUGAUUAUUUGCCAUUUGACAGGCAUCCUUUUGAAUUUGUAGUUUUUUCAUAUAUUAUUGUCUCAUUUUCCCCAGCUGGACUCUUGAGGGCAGGAAUUAUAUAUCUUAAGACUUUAAUGAGAGGGCCUAAAAGCAGCAUUUGCACAAAUAAGCUCAUGAGUUAAAGUACUUGCAGAAAUUUUACACAAAGACUUAAUAAUCUGUGGGAUCCAUAGCAGCGAUGCAGACCCAUGGCCCAGUCCUCUUUUAAUGACCCUUUGCAGAUGGGUCUUACAUACACAGAAUUUUAGUUAUUUAGCCUAAGAAUUGCCCAGGGUAUAAUAAAGAGGCUUUAUUUCCCUGUGUUUCCAUCAGCGAUGUUAAUAAUAAUGGUUAGCAAGUAAUAGCGACCGUUUAUUGAUUGUUUGCUGUGGGCCAGGUAAAUCCUAAAUGCUUUGACAGUCAUUUUCUUGUUUAAUCCUCACUCUAGUCAUUUAAGGAAUACAUUAAUAUGAUCCUUUGUAACUUAGAGACGUGAAGUAACUUGGUUAUAAUUGAGGAAGAUCCUUCUUUCAAUAUCCAAGCCCUGUCACGUGCCAAGUGUGGCCUGGCUGCCUGGAUGAACACAGCCAACCCCCUGCCCUCAUGCAGCAGUCCUUCCGGCGAGCAAGACCGAUCAUAAAUAAACAUGCAAACAUAUACCACAACAUCAGUUGUUGCAGAGGGCUAUGAAGAAGGCCGGUCAGGGCACAGAGAAUAGACUUGUGGUUGCCGAGGGGGAGGGGGGAAAGAGUGGGAUGGACUGGGAUUAGUAGACAUAAACCAUGACUUUUUUUGAAGGGAUAAGCAACGAGGUCCUACUGUACAGCACAAGGAACUACAUCCAGUCUCUUGGGACAGGCCAUCGUGGAAGGUAAUAUGAGAAAAGGAAUGUGUGUGUGUGUGUGUGUGUGUGUGUGUGUGUUUGGGUCACUGUGCUGUAUAGCAGAAAUCAGCACAACACUGUAAAUCAACGGUAACAAAUAAAUAAGAGUAAAACAUUUUUUAAAAACUUGGUCAGGGGAAGGAGGUCAAGGCGGAUGGGGCAGGGCUGGGGGAGGUCUGUCUCACUGCCCUUGAAACACCGCCCACCGUGUAGCUAGCCCAGCACCCUGUAGCUCCACAUCACACUGGUGUUGGUUGGCUGGUUGGGACAAAGGCUUACUCUGUGGGGAAGGUACAGGAAGGCACACGGAGAGCUCAGGGCCCUGGGCUCUGGAGGAUGCUAAAGGAGGAAGACACGGAAGCAGAAUGACCCUGAGAGAUUAAGCCUCUUAAUCUCGAAACAGAACCAGGCCUCCUCUUCCCACCUGCUCAGCAGCAUGAGAGCAGCAUGACUGGCCGGCCGCAGGAGAAGCCCCCAGAGCCAGGCCCCCAACGCACCCAUCUGCUGCAGAGGUCAAGGUGUGAGCGGCACCUCUUCACCACGGUGGCGUUUGGUCCCUACCUCAGCCCGGGUGAGGAUGUAAACCCCCCCGCUCUGCACAUGUGUGGUACAGGCCAACAGGAACACCUGGCUCCAGCCACGGGCACGGACAUGUCAGCCGUGGAGUAGUGUGGACGCUCUCUCUCUGCUUCUCAGGGUUUCAGUCCUUUCGGGUUUGUGUCAUUGACCUGUUUUUUAUGGUUUUGUGGCUGGACGUUCACGACCAAGGCAGGCACCAUGGGGGAUCAGCAACUGUACAAGACCAACCACGUGGCCCAUGGUGGUGAGAACCUUUUCUACCAACAGCCACCUCUUGGCGUCCACGGCGGGCUGAACCACAGCUAUGGGAAUACGGUCCCUGGCGCUGCCAUGGAUGCUCCUCAGGCAUCACCCAUCUCCCCCCACUUCCCUCAAGAUCCUCGGGACGGUCUAGGCUUGCCUGUUGGCUCCAAAAACCUUGGCCAAGUGGAUACCUCAAGGCAGGGAGGGUGGGGAGGGCCCGCAGGGCCUGGAAACCACGUCCAGCUACGCAGCAACCUGACCAACUCAAACAUGAUGUGGGGGGCACCAGCCCAGGCGGAGCCCGCCGAUGGCUUCCAGUACACCUACUCCCAGGCCAGCGAGAUCCGGACCCAGAAGCUCACCAGCGGUGUCCUGCACAAGCUAGACUCUUUCACCCAGGUGUUUGCCAACCAAAACCUGCGGAUUCAGGUCAACAAUAUGGCCCAGGUGCUGCACACCCAGUCGUCAGUGAUGGACGGAGCCCCGGACAGUGCCCUCCGCCAGUUGCUGUCCCAGAAGCCCAUGGAACCCCCAGCACCGGCCGUCCCCUCCCGCUACCAGCAGGUGCCCCAGCAGCCUCACCCUGGUUUCACAGGUGGGCUGUCCAAACCAGCUCUUCAGGUUGGGCAGCACCCAAGCCAAGGGCACCUGUAUUAUGACUACCAGCAGCCCCUGGCACAGAUGCCAGUGCAAGGAGGACAGUCCCUGCAGGCCCCCCAGAUGCUGUCCCCGCACAUGCAGCAGAUACAGCAGCACCAGUAUUACCCGCAGCAGCAGCCCCAGCCGCAGCAGCAGCAAACUGGGCAGCAGCGUAUGUCGAUGCAAGAAAUGCAGCCGCCCCUGCAGCCGCUUCGCCCGUCACAGCCCCAGCAGCAACAGCAGCAGCAACAGCAGCAGCUGCAGCAGCGGCAGGCUUCGAUGCAGAUACCUCAGUAUUUUCAGUCCCAACCCGUGAUGCAGCAUUUGCAAGAGCCGCAGCAGCCACAGAUGCACUUGCAGCCCCCUUCUUACCACAGGGACCCCCACCAGUACACCCCGGAGCAGGCGCACGCUGUCCAGCUGAUUCAGCUGGGCUCCAUGCCCCAGUACUACUACCAGGAGCCUCAGCAGCCCUACGGCCACCCUCUGUACCAGCAGAGCCACCUGCCCCAGCACCAGCAGCAUGAGGACAGUCAGCCCAAGACUUAUCCAAGUGACCGGCAGGCCCAGGCCAUGCUGAGCUCCCACGGGGACCUGGGGCCUCCAGAUACAGGAAUGGGAGACCCGGCAAGCUCGGACCUGAACCGGGUCAGCAGUGCCCUCCCGCACCGGCCGCUCCUGUCCCCCAGUGGCAUCCACCUCAACAACAUGGGGCCUCAGCACCAGCAGUUGUCUCCCAGUGCCAUGUGGCCCCAGAUGCACGUACCUGAUGGCAGAGCCCAGCCGGGGUCCCCUGAGUCAAGUGGCCAGCCAAAAGGAGUGUUUGGGGAGCAGUUUGAUGCCAAGAACAAGCUGACGUGCUCCAUCUGCCUGAAGGAGUUCAAGAGCCUGCCUGCCCUGAACGGGCACAUGCGGUCCCACGGGGGGAUGAGGGCCUCGCCCAGCCUCAAACAGGAGGAAGGAGAGAAGGCCCCGCCGCCUCCGCCUCAGCCGCAGCCGCCACUGCCGCCUCCGCCUCCGCCUCCGCCGCAGCUCCCUGCCGAGGCGGAAGGCCUCACGCCUAUGGUCAUGCCCGUGUCUGUCCCUGUCAAGCUUCUGCCGCCCAAGCCCAGCUCUCAGGGCUUCGCCAACAGCGUCGCUGCCGCCCCCUCGGCCAGAGACAAGCCAGCCAGCUCGGUGUCGGACGACGAGAUGCCCGUGCUCGUGAGGAUGACCCUCUCCCCCCCGCACUCCCCCCAAGGGGCUGCCCCCCGCCCGCCUGCUGAAAUUCCCAAGAAGCAUCAGGCCGGUGCGGCCAAAGCCGAGGACCCGGUCAAAGCCGUGCCCGAGAAGAAGAAGUUCCGGCACCGGCCCGAGCCGCUCUUCAUCCCGCCGCCGCCCUCCUACCACCCCAACCCCGGCGCCUCGCACUCGGGCGCCACCCUGUACCAGAGCCAGCUGCGCUCCCCGCGCAUCCUGGGCGACCACCUGCUCCUGGACCCCGCCCUCGAGCUGCCCCCCUACACGCCCCCGCCCAUGCUGAGCCCGGUGCGCCAGGGCUCGGGGCUCUUCAGCAACGUGCUCAUCUCCGGCCACGGCCACGGCCCCGGCGCCCACCCGCAGCUGCCCCUCACGCCCCUGACGCCCACGCCGCGCGUGCUGCUCUGCCGCUCCAACAGCAUCGAUGGCAGCAACGUGACAGUCACCCCGGGGCCUGGAGAGCAGACUGUUGAUGUCGAACCGCGCAUCAACAUUGGCUUGAGAUUCCAAGCGGAAAUCCCAGAACUCCAGGAUGUCUCUGCCCUGGCCCAGGACACACACAAGGCCACCCUGGUAUGGAAGCCCUGGCCGGAGCUGGAAAACCAUGACCUCCAGCAAAGAGUGGAGACUCUCCUGAAUUUGUGCUGUUCAAGUGCAUUGCCAGGUGGCGGGACCAAUUCUGAAUUUGCUUUGCACUCUCUCUUCGAGGCCAAAGGUGAUGUCAUGGCUGCUCUGGAAAUGCUGCUGCUGCGGAAGCCGCUCAGGUUAAAAUGUCAUCCUUUAGCAAAUUACCACUAUGCCGGUUCGGACAAGUGGACCUCCCUAGAAAGAAAACUGUUUAACAAAGCACUAGCCACUUACAGCAAAGACUUUAUUUUUGUACAGAAGAUGGUGAAGUCCAAGACGGUGGCUCAGUGUGUGGAGUACUACUACACAUGGAAAAAAAUCAUGCGGCUGGGCCGGAAACACCGGACACGCCUCUCUGAAAUCAUCGAGGACUGUGUGACAAGUGAAGAAGAGGAAGAGGUGGAGGAGGAGGAGGAGGACCCAGAAGAGGACAGGAAAUCCACAAGAGAAGAGGAGAGCGAAUUGCCCAAGUCCCCAGAGCCGCCGCCGGGCCCGGUGCUGGCUCACGCCGAGGGGCCGCCGCUGCCGGCCGUGGGCCAGCCCUCUGGCUCCUUCAUCUGUGAAAUGCCCAACUGCGGGGCUGACUGUAGAUGUCAUGUCACUCCCUUUCUUCCCCAGGUGUUCAGCUCCCGACAGGCACUGAAUGGCCACGCUCGCAUCCACGGUGGCACCAACCAGGUGACCAAAGCUCGGGGUGCUGUCCCCUCUGGGAAGCAGAAGCCUGGCAGUGCCCAGAGCGGGUACUGCUCAGUGAAGAGCUCGCCCUCCCACAGCACCACCAGUGGCGAGACAGACCCCACCACCAUCUUCCCCUGCAAGGAGUGUGGCAAAGUCUUCUUCAAGAUCAAAAGCCGAAAUGCGCACAUGAAAACGCACAGGCAGCAGGAGGAACAGCAGAGGCAGAAGGCCCAGAAGGCGGCCUUUGCGGCCGAGAUGGCAGCCACGAUAGAGAGAACUACGGGGCCGGUGGGGCCGCCGGGGCUGCUGCCCCUGGACCAGCUGAGUCUGAUCAAACCCAUCAAGGACGUGGACAUCCUCGAUGACGACGUCGUCCAGCAGUUAGGGGGCGUCAUGGAAGAGGCCGAGGUUGUGGACACCGGCCUCCUCUUGGACGAUCAAGAUUCAGUGUUGCUUCAGGGCGACACGGAACUCUAAAGCCCCGUGUGUCGCCUAGAGACCGAGAAAACCCCCGGCCUCCAUCUUCAUUCGUCAGGAAACCGGACUGCCUGCUCCGUUUUGUACCCAUCUUAAACUACCUGUUUAAAAAGUGGUCGUGCUUUUCAGGUUUAGGGGGAAAAAAUCAUUUAUUUAAAAAAAUUGUUUUGGGGGUUGGGGGGAAUAAAUAAUUGGCACAAUUCUACUUUAAGAGGUGUUUCAUCUGGGCUGCAUUCCCAUGAACUCAUUCUUGGCUGGGAAUGAACCUGACACUCAAGUUCUUUUGCUUUCAGUGAUCAACCGUCCUGGUUGUCUUUUAUCCCAAAGCUUGCGGUGAGUGAGUGAGUGAAUAUGUGUGUGUGUGUGUGUGUGUGUGCGUGUGUGCGCCCUCCCACCCGUGUGUGUAAAGCAGGCUACCCUCUUCGAGCUGGGGUCUUGGGCCAUCCUUUCCCACCGAGAGUCAUUUUUUGUUCUAACCUCAUUUCCGCAGUUUGCAAUGAACUUGGCGUCUUUGCCAGGAGACCACGCUAGCACGUAGCUAUCCAGUGAGCAAAGCCAGCCCUCGUGUCCCACGACUUUUCUGCUAGCACACACGUCAUUGGAAGAGUUGACCAAAUGUGAAAAUAAUUUUGCUCCCUGCCUUGCCUGUCACUCAGCCUGUUUCUAAAAACUGAGUCCUGUAUCUUUUCAGGCUUUCACUCCCUGGCAGUGAUUUACUAAGAAGGAGGUUCGUGGAGCAAGUAUGCCCUCUGCCCUGGUCCCUGAGGACUGGUUGACUGCUUCGUGGGUUGUUUUGGCCUGAGCCGACUGGAAAUCCAUCUGGAGGAAAAUAACCCCAACUAUCAAGUUGCCAGGGCUGUUUUUAGGGAGGAUGGUCGAGGGGCACAGAUUGAAGUACUUAGAGUGCCAAGAAGUCUUCUUUUGCCCCAAAACUAGAUCAGAGGAACUGAUUCUUUUUUUGCCACGCUGUUGUGGUCAGUGGAAUUCUGAAAUUACUCUGUGCCACUUGCAAGUACUGUGAAACGUCACUCACUGGGAUUUUGCUAUCAUUCACCUGUGCGAAGUUUACCUUGACGCUGACUCUGAGGAGAAGGGUUUUCUAACAAAUCCGAUGACAGAUGCAAGGGAAAUAGCAUUAAAGGCCAGCAAAAAAACGGUUUCAGAUACCACCGUAGAUCCAAGGUCUGAUUCAAACAAUGAAUGUAUUCAUUAACGUCAUGUACCAAAGCACUUCUAGAAUCUUCCAAGCUACGUAAGUCUGCUCUGCCUCCUCCUGUCUCUGCAGGCAGGGUUGCUGUUUGUACUUGAAGGUGAUAAACUUGUAAUCCUUCCAGAAGGGCUUUCAGCUCCGGCUUUGGGGCGGUUAGACAGCUCCACAGCCACGCUUAGGGCAAACCAGCGUGCUCCUUCAGGCCAGGGUGCAGCCCCAGCUCAGAGCCCACGCUGCUGGCUGGUGGCUUCCGGAACUGGGGGCUUUCAGGCCUGCCCCUGCCCUGGGGAGGCUGAUGCUGAUGUAGUGUGGCCGUUCUGCCAGGGCACUUUGCUGGCACGUGAAUAGCUUGACGUUAGGAUGUCAGCGGAAGCAUGAGCAUAGGACCCAAGUAUCCUUUAAGUUAUCCCUGCAAAUGCAUUUAGUGCACAUGCUCCAGCCACAGUGGCCCCAGGCAGGCAGUUUCCUCUGAAUCUCAGGAAAGCCACGGACAGAAGAUAAAUAUCAAGGUUCUUUCCCAUUCCAUCAUUCUGUCUUUCAGAAACGAGGUCGUGAAGGUAUCCUUUGUCUUUUUUUUUUUUUUUUUUUUUUUUUUUUUUAAGGGGAAAAACAUACUGUUCCACUUGCUGCCGUUUCUGAUGCGUUAUCCCAGCCUAUGUUUUGAGCUCAGAACCGUCUGAGCAGGGCAUCAGCUUUGCCGCAGAGCCGUUCCAGAACCAUUCCAAGUAAUACCGGCUGAUCCUCUCUGUCCCAGUGGACCUCCUCCCCCGCUUGUGGGUGCCUGAGAAUGAUUCUGGAAUGGUUCUGUUCUUGGGUCUGUGAAAGCUUAUCUAGCAGAGGAGCGAACACCCAGAAAAAUGUUUAUAAAGCACAUGUACUCGUUCUGUUUGGAGACUUGCCCGGCUGUUCCAGUUGAAAACAUGAAAAAUAAACUGAGUUGCCAAGCAAAAAUAUAAUGCACAAUGUAAUUCUGAUUUUCCGUGCAGUAUAGCGUUAAGCUUUUUUUUUACUUGAAAUAACCAAAGAACUCCUCCUUGAUGAGACAGUUCGCUUUCCUGAAUUAGUAUUUCUUCACAAUAUCAACUGAAAGAAUUGACUUCAUAGUAAAAUAUUGCACUUAUUUUUUUCCUGAAAUAAUUCUGCCUGCAUGUAUGUGUUGUGUUUUAGUGUUCCCUCAUUUCUCCCCACCCCAAAGAACUUUUCUUCCCAAUGGUUUAUGUCUUCAACAUGGUAACUGUUUAUCAGAUGGUUUUUCAUUAGUGAAUUUAGACCUCUUUGAGAAAGCUUGUAUAUAAAAAGUUAACAGAUAUAUUUUAUGGAAAAACCCAUCUUAUUUUCAAAUAUAUUUAACUGCUGUUCUAUUUUAUUAGAGGAAGGUUGUAAAUAUUUUCUAGGAGUUCUAUUGUAAAGAAAAGUAUUUUUGAAAAAAAUUAAUGUAAUAAAAACGAAAACCUUUUUAAAUAGUGGUUGUGAUUGCUUCCUGUUCUGGCUUCAUUGUGUUCUAUUUGCAGGAAAUGACUUGCAUGCCUUCCCAUUUUAGGAUGUAAUUUAUUCCGGUUUGCACUAUUUUAAGUUGACAUCAUAAUAUCUAAUGUGCUUCACUGUAUUUUCCCCGGAAUGCAGGUCCCUCUGUCCGUAUCAAAAGCACUAUGUAUAGCAUAUUCAUAACUUUUUCUUUUGUAAUGUGUGUAUUUUUAAUAAGGAUUUUAUGUAACAUUUUGGCAAAAAGAGGACAGUAUUUUCUAGUGAAUUUUAUAACACAUUUUGCUAAAAAUGUUUCUUCCUAGGUCAGUUUUUGUUAAGGCCAACCAAGAGUCUUAUUUUACCAGAGGUUUAAAAAAAAAGUUUGAAGCUUGAAAGCAACGUUAUAUUUAAACAUCAUAUGUAACAAAUAAAUAAAGAUGUUUUAUAGACUUGUCCUAAAAAGGUGCAUUCCUUAAAAACAAAAACAGCUGGGGCAUUCUAGGUCAGUUUUCCCCCUGAGUGAUAAGCAUUUUUUAAAAUUACCACAAUGCUUUUUUUUUUCCCCCAGAAAGAAAGCCAGGAGAAUAUUACUUAAAAGUUUCCAGUCCUUAGCCUUCUCAGAAAUUUAUUAUAGUUCUCAUAGAUAGGCAUUCAUCAAAAAAGAGAUGUGACGUUCCAUUGUGGCACAGCGGAAACGAAUCCAACUAGUAUCCACGAGGAUGGGGGUUCAAUCCCUGGCCUUGCUCUGUGGGCUGGGGAUCCGGCGUUUCAUGAGCUGUGGUGUAGGUCACAGGCAUGGCUCGGCUCUCCAGUUGCUUGGCUGUGGUGUAGGCCAGCGGCUACAGCUCUGAUUCGACCCCUAGCCUGGGAACUUGCAUAUGCCACCAAGUGCAGCCCUAAAAAGCAAAAAAUAAAUUGUAAAAAGAGAGAGAGAUGUAACCAAACCAAGAUUGUCAUAUUUAUUUGUGAAAACCUGAUUAAAUAUUGCAUCAGCUGCUCUGAAAAUAAAAUGUUAUCUUUUUGAGUUUCA